AUGGACAACGACAACAACGAACAACAACUCGACACCAACACUGACGACAACAACGACACUACUUCCACAACACACUCCUCGCCGACAACCCCUUACAACGACAUCAUUGCGGCCUACAGCUUCAGCACAAGCAGUAGUGCAUUCGACUCGUCCUCCAGACUGUCUACUUCCUCAUCCAUCUCGGGAUGGGCUCCUCCUUCGACCAGCAGCAGGGCACGGUCGUCGUCGGUCUCGUCCCAGGGAAGCAACGAUUCUGUCAACCUCGAUGCUCUCAUCGCCGGAGGCUCAGAUAUCAAUGAAGAAUGUCCGCUCGACCUCGAGGAAGGAGACGAUAUCAUGACCGUCGACUGGUCAAAGCAACGACGUUUCCUCGAAGUUAGUGAUGAUGAGGAUGAUAACAACCCUGUUCAGAUCCAGCAGGGUCAAAGGAGCAGAAGGUCAACAGGCGCAUCGUUCACAUCGGGCAUGUCGUACGACGAUCGCCAACCAGACGACCACUGGGAUGAGCCCGAGAUGGCGGAGGAUGAGACGCUGAAGGCGUUCUCACAGCUUUCGAUGAAGCAUUCGAUCCCUGCGGUGAGGGGACUCACCAGCCCAAAGCAACUCAGAGCUCCAUCCUCUGCCUCAUCCCGCUUCCCCGACGGCAGGAAUCCCUAUGACCUCGAUGCCGACUACUUGGACACCCCCUCAGGACUCGCCUCCCCUUCAUCCAACAACAGACUCAGUACCCUCAGCCAGGACAGCAACAUCAGCAACAGGAGCAGCAUCAGCAGCAUUGGUGGAAGCAGACUUCAACCCCCCGGUGUCUCUCGUCUCCCUGGAUCAUCUGCUGCCUCGGGUCUCAAGGCCCCCGCUAGCAGACUAGCGCAGCCUGGCGUUCGAUCAACAGGCGUGCCCCAGCCAGGAUCCAGGACGGGUCUUGCUCGACCCAGUGGACUGCAGGCUCCCAAGUCUGGACUCCAAGCACCAAAGUCUGGCCUGCAGGCAUCCAACACAAGAUUGCAGGCACCUAGAACAGCAUCGGGACUGCAGGCACCUAGGACAGGAUCGUCAUCGUCACUGGUCAAGCCUUCGGCCACUAAUGGUCGUACUACUCCUGGUGCUGCCGGUGGUUCUCGACUUGUCGCACCCGGUUCGCGUGUUCCUUCAAAGGUUAGCUCUGGAAUUGCUUCACCCUCUGCUACAAGGAGUCAGAUGGCAGCACCUGGCGCCGUCAAGCGUGCAGGAAGUGUCGGGGCAAACAGCCGCAACUCGAUACUGCUCCCUCCUUCGGCUGUGGCUUCUCGAUCUGCGUCGUCCUCAACUCUUCUUGCACGCCCUUCAACAAAUGGCAGUCGGACGUUGAAAAGCCCACAGCGCACUGGUACAUCUACACCCACACAGCUCACCAGCCCUACCCGUGGUGUCCCUUCGGGUCGGAUGUCGAGUUCGUCGUCCUAUCUGGUUUCACCUACCUCCUCCCACUCCUCAACUUCCUCGCUUGCCCAUGCUAGAGACACUGUGACUCCACUCUCACAGCGUCUCUCAAAUGCAACGGGAACUAGCCAGUUGAUGCGUCCCAAGACUGCAGGAGCAGGAGGUGCAACCCGCAGUUUGUCGAUGUAUGGAUCCAGCAGCAGUCUCUUGCCCACGAGCGGACGAACAUCACAGCAGCACUAUCACCAGGACGAGGAAGCUGAUUAUGCAGUGUUGACACCUCCACAGUCCCCAUCUUCGAAGAGAGUCAUGGGCAGUGGUCUUCCUCGGUCGGGUAUGGCGAUGCCCUCCCGCUUGGCUGCUCCCUCGGUGUCGACCUCUAGAGUUCCUCGGUCGACUUCUCCCUUGAGUGCCGGAUACAACUCUGGAGGAUUGUCGUACUUGUCUCGUCCCCACACUCCUACGUCGAGUCUGCCUGUGUCUAGGAUCCCUAGCGGUCUUAUCAGUCCUCGUGCUGGUCGUUCCUAA